AGCUUUCGUGGCACCGUUUAGGAUAUUUCCCUGCAGUUGCAGAAAACUGCAAACCCUAAUUAUCAAGAAAAUUGCAUUCCCUAAAAAAGAUCUUCAUGGCGAAGAAGGGCAAGGCCAAAUCAGCAAAAUUUGAGAUCGAAGAGAACGAAUCGGGACCAUUAGAUUCGAAACCAUUGAUGGUACUAAGCAGUAGUGACGACGAGGAAGCGAAUGAAGACCUAAGCUUGAAGAUCGUGGAGAAAGCACUAUUGGUGAAAGCGACAAGGUUUAGUGAAGGAUACCACGGCGUUUCCGAUGACCCAGGCGUCGUUUCUGUGGUGGGUUUGGCCUCGUCGUCACGCGGGGGAUCUGAUGUAGCUGGUACCAGUGGUGGCCGUGAAGAGGCAGAUUUGGAUUUGGAAAGUAAGAAAAUUGUUAAAAGGAAAAAGAAGAAAACGAAAACUGAAAAGGUCACAGUUGCAGAGGAUAGAAAUAAAGCUGAGAUGAUAGAGAAGGUUGAGACAGUUGAGGAGAUUAUUAUGGCUAAGGAUGUAGAGACCGUUGAAUCUCUUGACUCAAAUACUCUAGACAAAUCUGACAAUAUUGUACUCCGGAAGCUUCUUCGGGGGGCGAGAUACUUUGAUCCUCCAGAUAGUGGUUGGGAAACAUGCUAUAAUUGUGGCGAAGAAGGGCAUAUGGCAGUGAACUGUAAAUCUGCUUCAAAGCGGAAGAAACCAUGCUUCCUUUGUGGGAGUUUGGAUCAUGGGGCUAGACAGUGCUCAAAGACGCAAGAUUGCUUCAUAUGCAAAAAAAGUGGUCACCGUGCAAAGGAUUGUCCAGACAAACACAACAGUGGUUCAAAGCAUGGUAGAUUUUGUUUAAGAUGUGGAGGUUCUGGGCAUGACAUGUUUUCAUGCAGGAAUGACUAUUCUCAUGAUGAUAUCAAGCAGGAAAUACAAUGCUAUGUCUGCAAGAGUUUUGGCCAUUUGUGUUGUGUUAAUUCUGUUGAUACCAAUGCAAGAGAAGUUUCUUGUUACAGAUGUGGCCAAGUGGGUCAUACUGGUUUGUCAUGUGGUCGAUCACGUGGAGAAACAAAGGAAACUACUGAUAAUGGGUCACCUAGUGUAUGCUAUAAGUGCGGGGAAGGAGGACACGUUGCUCGUGAAUGCAUCACCUCUAUCCCAUCGUCUAGCUUAUGCUACAAGUGUAGAGGAGGAGGACACUUUGCUCGCGAAUGCAGUUCUGCUAAGGUUGGUAAAAGAAAUCGUGAACCAUUUACUCCUAGUGAAAGACCUCGUAGAGAAAAUAGAGAGUUCUUGGGAUACAAGUCUGCACCUCAUGAUCAUGGCAAGGUCCACAAAAGGAAAAAGAUAAAAUCAGAAGAGAAGGGCUUCUGUACACCACGAAAAGAAAAGCAAAGAGGUGGUUGGAUCAUAGAGGAUGCUGGAGAUUUCUCCAAUAGGAAGUACACAAGGAACCAUUGGAAUUCUCCCUCAACGCCAUCCACUGAGGGACGUAAGAAAUCUAGUGGUCGUAUAUUGGGUUCUCAGUCUUCUAAACCGAAGAAUUCGCAUAGAUAUUCGGCUUCAAGGUUCUCCAGUUUUGGCAAUGAUGAACCAAGGACUUACAAUUGGUGGUAGGAUUAUUGUAUCUUUGUCUUUGUUUAACUGAUAUAUCACUCUCUUUCUUGUUCUUUUCUUCUAAAUCAUGAGGCUUCAUUUUUUUUUACAUGAAAAGAAAGAUUCACAUUCUCUUACUUAGUUUUAAUGGAUUUAAAAAAAAAAAAAAACUUUAAUGUUCUUUUCUUUA